GAGGAGUAACGCGAUGUUGCGCGGGGGGAAAGACUAAGGCCAGCCCUCCCUCGGCACCGCCACCCCUCCCUCUCCCAGGCCUGCGCGUCGCCGAGAUAGCGCCGGCCGCACCCCCUGCUUCGAAGCCUCGAGGCGGCGCCGUUGGCUAUGUAGGGAAACCCGAAUUGGGGGUGGUGGGGGGGGCGGAUUUCAAGGCCGCAGCGCGUCUCCUCCCGAGCGUUCGGGAGGGUCCCGGCGGCGCUUGGUGCAUCGGGAGCCGAAGAACCGGGAGUUGAACACCAACGAGCUAUCCACGAGCACUCGGCAGUCAAGAUGUUCUCCAAGAAACCGCACGGUGAUGUGCGGAAAUCCACCCAGAAGGUGCUGGAUACCCGCAAGGACCCGCUAACCCGGCUGAAGCACCUGCGCGUGGUUAUUGAGAACUCAGAAUCUAUUGACCUUAAGCAGUUUUUUGAAUUACAUUUUUCACACAUAUAUUAUGUGUUUUUUGAAAAUUUUGUGACUAUUGAAAUAAGUCUGAAACAGAAAGGUCACAAAUCUCAAAGGGAAGAACUAGAUGCUAUACUUUUUAUUUUUGAGAAAAUUUUACAACUUCUUCCAGAAAGAAUUCACCAGAGGUGGCAAUUUCACAGUAUUGGCUUAAUUUUGAAGAAACUACUUCAUACAGGGAAUUCUUUAAAGAUUCGUCGUGAAGGUGUGCGUCUAUUCCUCUUAUGGUUGCAAGCACUUCAAAAUAAUUGUAGUAAAGAACAACUGUGUAUGUUUUCUUGUUUAAUCCCUGGAUUUCCACCACCACAGUCUGAACAUGGGCCUCAAACACUAGAUAAUCUGAUAAAUCCUGUGCUAAGUGUACAAGAAACACAAGUGACUGUAGAAGAAAUUACUCCGCUUGUCCCUCCACAAUCAGGAGAUAAAGGACAGGAUGAUCUAACAAGCUAUUUUUUAGAAGCACUUUUAAAAUACAUAGUAAUUCAGGUCAAAAGUCUGGAAUGGAAGAACAGAGAAAACCAAGAAAAGGGAUUUUCAUUCUUAUUUUCACAUUUUAAGAAAUAUUACUUGCCUUAUAUUUUCCCAAACAUGUGUAAGGAGAACAGCUUGUAUAAUCCAGUACUUGAUAUGCCUCAGAUGAGAGCAAAGCCACAUUAUAUAAUCAUGAAGAAAGACACUGAAACAAAUGAAACAGUAUAUUGCACAAAGGAACCUUUCCUUAAAGCUCGCGUUAUUGUCAUCAGAUGGUUGGUGUCUUUCUGGCUUGAGCCAAAACCUCUUGCAGGACCUCAGAUUCCUGGAAUGGAAGGGGAAAUUGUGCCAAAGAAUAUUCAGAGAGUAGCUGCUAGCUUGGCUUCCAGAGAAGACAGCAAAAAUGAUACUACCGAUAGGUCUGAUAGAAAUCCAGAAGCUGAACAAUCUCAUUCUAACACAAGCACACUGACUGAAAGAGAACCCAGUUCCUCCAGCCUUUGCAGUAUUGAUGAGGAGCAUCUUACAGACAUUGAAAUAGUCCGCAAAGUUUUUUCUUCUAAGAGGAGUAAUGUUAACUUUCUCACAGAAAUAUUUCGUCAGGCAUUUUUACUGCCAAUAUGCGAAGCAGCAGCCAUGAGGAAAGUGGUUAAAGUAUACCAGGAAUGGAUCCAACAGGAAGAAAAGCCCUUAUUCAUGAAAGAACCAGAGGAAAUUGUUUCGUCUUUGAACAUAGACAAUGAUGAAAACAUUGCAGAACAUAAUUUGUCAGAGAAAGGAAAAGAAAGAGAGGAGGAAAGUACAGGUAGUUCCUGUCGAAAUUCAAAUUGGACAAGAAAUGGUUGUUAUCAGGAAGUUCCCUAUAAAAUAUCAGAGUUGGAUAACCUGGAACAAGGUAUACGAGCUGGAAUACAAGCAGUACUACAAGUUUUUAUAACAAAUUCCUCAAAUAUAUUUCUUCUUGAGCCAGCAAAUGAGAUUAAAAGUUUGUUAGAUGAACAUACAGAUAUGUGUAAACGCAUUCUUAAUAUCUACCGUUACAUGGUAGUACAAGUAACAAUGGACAAGAAGACUUGGGAACAGAUGCUGCUUGUGCUGCUCCGAGUAACAGAAUCAGUAUUGAAAAUACCAACUCAAAUUUUUCUACAGUAUCAAGGAAGAAAGAAUUUGACUUUAGCAGGAAGACUUGCUGGUCCUCUUUUCCAGACUCUUAUAGUAGCUUGGAUCAAAGCAAAUCUAAAUGUGUACAUUUCCCGAGAACUUUGGGAUGACCUCUUAGCAGUAUUGUCAUCAUUGACUUAUUGGGAAGAGUUGGCCACAGAGUGGUCAUUAACUAUGGAAACUCUAACAAAAGUGUUGGCUAGAAACCUAUACAGCUUGGACCUCAGUGAUCUACCACUGGAUAAAUUAAGUGAGCAGAAACAAAAAAAGCAUAAGGGCAAAGGUAUUGGACAUGAGUUUCAAAAGACAUCUGUAGACAAAUCAUUUUCAAAAGGCUGGAGCCGUGAUCAACCUGGCCAGGCCCCAAUGAGACAGCGCAGUGCAACAACUACGGGAUCUCCAGGAACAGAAAAGGCUAGAAGCAUAGUGCGACAGAAAACAGUUGCCAUGAGAAGCCGAUCCAUUGGUGAAUGUGCUCUGCCAUCGGCCUAUAUACGCAGUGCUAAAAGUGCUCCUGUUCUGAUCCAUACUUCCAAACCCUUCUUGCCUGAUAUUGUUCUCACUCCCCUUUCUGAUGAGCUUUCAGACAUUGAUGAUGCUCAAAUCCUCCCACGUCCGCCUCGCAUCCGACAUUUUUCACAAAGUGAGGAAACUCCUAGUGAAGUUUUUGAUGCACUGAAUGAGGAGCAACCACUUCCAAGAAGUAGCAGCACAUCUGAUAUACUGGAACCAUUCACUGUUGAGCGAGUCAAAGGUGCAGUUCCUGUCAUUGACGGUUCAUCCCAUCAUGCUCCAAGCUUACAGAGUUCCACAGAGGCCUCUUCAAUAUGUAGAUCCACUGAAAGUCACAUUACUGAUACAAAUAGCAGAGAGUCUUCUCUGGAAGUUGGGGAUAGUAUUUAUGAUCAUCUCUGUCAGUUGGUAGGCCCAGUAGAACUUGCAGAUGCAGCCUUUGAACAAAACGAAUAUGUUGACCUUGAAGGUGAAGAUGAUCUUCUUUCCUCUCUGAGAGAAUAUCUUAAAGAAAAAGAAGAAUUUUUCAGUAGCAUUGAGAUAGAUAAGCAUGAGUCUUCUCCUCAUGAAGUUGUUGCAGGAAUAAGUAGGAGUGAUAACUUGCCAUUGGAUGGAGUAGAGUAUACAGACCAGACUGUUACAUAUGCAAGUAGUACCACUGUUGCAGAAAAUACCAAUAAUACAGAACUACAAUUGGAACAAAACCAAACUGGCUUUAUAAGUAAUAUUGCACCUACACAAGUAGAUACUUCUACAAGAAACCAAGUUGAUAAUGCUAAACAAUUAAAUAUUGAUAAACACACCCAAAAUCUGCUUGAUCCCAGGUCAAGUAUCCCUAUUGACAAGGAAAGGAAGAGAUAUUUGUACAGACAAAUUGCCACUGAUGUAGAUGUAUCUGUGGAAACAGUGUUAGCUGAAAAACAUAAGGGUGCCCUCUUUAAUGAAAAAGUAACCAACACAAGUGUUACGCAUGCAAAGAAAAUGUCACAUAAAGCCUUAGUUAACCCUGAAAUGCUUCACCUUACAGGCAUGAGCAAAGUGACACCAACUAAGAGAAGUAUAUCUGAAACAGUAACUCAUAAGGCUAAAAUCAUGAAAAUAGCAACUAAAAAGCGAAACAGUGUCCAUGUUACUUUUAGGCCAUCUACUGAAUCUGUUCAGUUUUAUAAUCCUCUAGAAAACAAAGAGGCCCCAUGGAAAGCAAGACUGCGUAAACUCAGUGGUUUCAGUAGUGGGAUCAAUAGCAGCAGCAGCCAUACAAGUACCAGCUCAUCCUCUGGGGCUGUGCUGGUCAGACCUGGAAUCUAUAGGCAUCUAGAUGCAGUCAGUACAAUUUCUGCUAAUAGUAAGCAGAAUAAAGAAUCAGAUGUUCCAGCACUCACGCUGCAGAAGGAAAGUAUUGGAAUAAAUCAGAUGUCCAAUCGUAGCCCGCCUAAGCCACCAAGUCAGGAGUCGGGACAACAGCAGGGCUCCCUGGGUGGUGUGUAUAAAUCUGUUGUACAUGCUCUUUCGAAGCCGAAGGCAAAUGUUUCCCCACAGAGGCAGAGCAGAGUGCCAGCAGAGGCUCCACUGAGGGAUCUGUACAGUCAUGUAAUGGGCUAUUUUGGAAAGAAAGCUGCAGCCAAUAGGGAGGAUAUGAACCAAAAGCAGAUCCCUCUUGGUAAUGAUAAUGGCAGUAGUAAUGCAAAUAUUCCUGACCUCAUGGAUGAGUUUAUAGCUGAAAGACUGCGCAGUGGUAGUUCUUUGAAUGUGGCAAGAAGAGGGAGCAGUCCAGGAAGCUUAGAAGUACCAAAAGAUCUUCCUGAUAUACUGAACAAGCAGAAUCAAAUGCGUCCUGUUGAUGAUCCUGGUGUACCUUCUGAAUGGACAUCUCCUGCCAGCGCAGGCAGCAGUGACCUUGUCAGUUCUGACAGCCACUCUGAUUCUUUCAGUGCAUUCCAGUAUGAUGGCCAUAAAUUUGAAAAUUUCAGUUUAUGCCCUGAAGGUGGCACAACAACUUCUGCUGAAUCUGAUACAGGUUCCGGCCCUCAGCAAAGUGCUGAAGAACAAGAAGUGGCUAGUUUGACUACCCUCCACAUUGACUCUGAGACCAGCAGUCUCAAUCAACAAGCACUGUCUGCUGAAGCAGCUACAAUUACAGGUUCCGAAAGUGCUUCACCAGUUCAGUCUGCUCUUGGAUCACGGUCCCAGACUCCAUCACCUGCUACUUUGAGUGCAGAUCACAAUGAACAAAAGGACCUGCAAUUGGAUGAGAAACUCCACCACUCAGUUUUACAGACACCAGAUGACCUAGAAACCAGUGAUUUUCCAUCUGAAUGUUGCAGUGUGAUGGCAGGAGGAACCCUGACAGGAUGGCAUGCAGAUGUAGCUACUGUAAUGUGGAGACGAAUGCUAGGGAUUUUAGGGGAUGUCAAUUGCAUUAUGGACCCUGAAAUCCAUGCUCAGGUUUUUGAUUACCUUUGUGAGCUCUGGCAAAAUCUCGCUAAGAUUAGAGAUAAUCUUGGAAUUUCAAUUGAUAAUAUUACAUCACCGUCUCCACCGGUCUUAAUUCCUCCAUUGAGAAUUCUGACUCCAUGGCUUUUUAAGGCAACCAUGUUGAGUGACAAGUACAAACAAGGCAAAUUGCAUGCUUAUAAGCUCAUUUGUAAUACAAUGAAGCGAAGACAAGAUGUUUCUCCAAACAGGGACUUUUUAACUCAUUUUUACAAUAUAAUGCAUUGUGGACUGCUUCAUGCUGAUCAGGACAUUGUCAAUACAAUCAUCAAGCACUGUUCCCCACAGUUUUUUUCCCUUGGUUUGCCUGGUGCUACUAUGCUGAUAAUGGAUUUCAUUGUAGCUGCUGGCAGAGUAGCAGCAUCAUCUUUUCUCAAUGCACCAAGAGUAGAAGCACAAGUUCUCUUAGGCUCUCUGGUGUGUUUUCCAAAUUUAUAUUGUGCAUUACCAGCAUUGCACCCAAACACUCCUGAUAUUGUUGUGUCUCAGUUUACAGAAGUAAAGGAACUGGUUAUCAAAACAAUACUAAGUUCUGCAAAAGAGGAGCCAUCGGGACCUGCAAGAUGUGUUGCUCUUUGUAGCCUCGGCAUUUGGAUCUGUGAAGAACUGGUACAUGAAACCCAUCAUCCUCAGAUCAAGGAAGCUCUGAACGUAAUCUGUGCUUCACUGAAAUUUCCAAAUAAAACAGUUGCACAUGUGGCUUGCAAUAUGCUUAAUAUGUUGGUUCAUUAUGUACACAGGCUACAACUCUACCAGCCUGAUUCACCAUUAAAAAUUAUUCAAAUAUUGAUAGCUACCAUCACUCAUCUCUUGCCCAGUACAGAAGCUUCUUCUUAUGAGCAAGAUAAGAGGUUGGUGGUAUCUCUACUUCUUUGUUUGUUGGACUGGACAAUGGCAUUGCCACUGCGGACAUUAUUACAGCCUAUUCAUGCUGCAGCAUCUGAAAAUGAUAAAACUGAAAAAUCUGUUCUUAACUACAUAUAUAAGGUUCUUCAUGGAUGUGUCUAUGGAUCUCAGUGCUUCAGCAACCUGAAAUAUUUUCCAAUGAGCCUAUCUGAUUUAGCAUCUUUGGAUUACGAUCCUUUUAUGCAUUUGGAAAAUUUGAAAGAACCAGAACCACUCCAUUCACCUGAUUCAGAACGGUCUUCCAAACUCCAGCCAGUCACAGAAGUAAAAUCUCAUAUGCAACAAGGACUGAUCUCUGUGGCAGCUCGUACUGUGAUAGCUCAUCUGGUAAACCACUUAGGCCAUUAUCCAAUGAGUGGGGGGCCUGCUAUGCUAACAAGUCAAGUAUGUGAAAAUAAUGACAAUCCUUUCUGCGAGAAUCUUGAGCUUUCUCCUGAACUUUUUGAGAACCCCAAUCUCCAAUUCUUUGUAUUAAAUAAUACCACAUUAGUUUCAUGUAUACAGAUAAGAGCAGAAGAGAACAUGCCUGGAGGAGGUUUGUCUGCUGGACUAGUCUCAGCCAAUUCAAAUGUCCGAAUUAUAGUACGAGAUCUGUCUGGGAAAUAUUCUUGGGAUUCUGCCAUUAUGUAUGGGCCUCCCCCUCCAUGUGGCCUAAGUGGACCAACCACUUUUAUGCUGUCACUGCCCCAUCAAGAGGAAUCAGAAGAUGCCUCAGAACCUACUGCAUAUACAGAAGAAAUGUAUGUAAAAGAUGGAAUUACUUUUUCACUAAAAAGAAGAUUUAGAGACACUGUGCCAACAUGGGAUACAAUAAAGGAUGAAGAAGAUGCCCUUGAUGAACUUUUGCAGUAUGUAGGAAUCACUAGUCCUGAGUGUUUACAGAGGACAGGUGUGUCUCUCAAUAUACCUGCUCCUCAACCAGUUUGUGUGUCAGAGAAGCAGGAAAAUGAUGUAAUCAAUGCAAUCCUUAAACAGGACACUGAAGAAAGGGAUUUUAUUGAAAAACACUUCAGUGACUUAAAUAUGAAGGCUAUGGAGCAGGAUGAGCCACUUCCACAAAAACCCUAUUCGGCAUUUUACUAUUGCAGGUUGCUCCUUAGUAUUCUUGGAAUGAAUUCUUGGGAUAAAAGGAGAAGUUUCCAUCUUCUGAAAAAAAAUGAAAAGCUACUUCGGGAACUUCGACAUUUGGAUUCAGGACAAUGCCGAGAGACACACAAAAUUGCAGUAUUUUAUGUUGCUGAGGGACAAGAGGAUAAACACUCCAUCCUGACUAAUACUGGAGGAAGCCAAGCCUAUGAAGAUUUUGUAGCAGGUCUUGGUUGGGAGGUGAACCUCACAAAUCAUUGUGGUUUUAUGGGAGGAUUGCAGAAAAACAAAAGCACUGGAUUGACCACUCCAUAUUUUGCUACCUCUACAGUUGAAGUAAUGUUUCAUGUGUCAACCAGAAUGCCUUCUGAUUCAGAUGACUCUUUAACAAAAAAGCUUAGACAUUUAGGAAAUGAUGAAGUUCACAUUGUCUGGUCAGAGCAUACUCGAGACUAUCGAAGAGGAAUCAUUCCUACAGAGUUUGGAGAUGUACUUAUUGUUAUAUAUCCAAUGAAAAAUUACAUGUUCAGUAUUCAGAUUAUGAAAAAACCUGAGGUCCCAUUCUUUGGUCCAUUGUUUGAUGGUGCUAUUGUGAAUGGAAAAAUUCUUCCUAUUAUGGUUCGAGCAACAGCUAUAAAUGCAAGCAGAGCACUGAAAUCGCUCAUUCCAUUAUACCAAAAUUUCUAUGAGGAAAGAGCUCGCUAUCUCCAGACAAUUAUUCAGCACCACCUAGAUCCUUCAACAUUUGAGGAUUAUGCAUCUCAGGUCUUCUGCCCAGCAUCCUGCCACCAUUUGCCCCCUGAAACUGGGUCCUACCCAGAGACUCAGGCGUCCGAAGUUCCAGCAGCAGCGCAGAUGGACAGGUCCGAUCUAGCUUUUCCCAUUUCUCCACGGACUAGCAAGAGUCGCAUGUCCAUGAAACUGCGGCGAUCCUCUGGCUCAGCCUACAAGACUUAGCGAAGGGUAAAGCCUUCAGCCCCUUUUCCCCAGAUAUAAAUCUUUCGUCUAUGCGGGAUAUUUUUCCUUCAUUCCUCUGCUCUUAUUUUUAUUUUAAAGAAACAUACUGGAAUUUUAUUUCAAACUGAAAAUAUUUAGCUUUUUUGUUAGAAUAUUCAGCUUCCUGCUAAUCAUAGUUUAUCACUGCAGUGUACUUCCUUCACUGUUUUUUUUUUACUUGUCCUUGUAAGAGGAAACUAACAACUCUUUUUAACAUCUGUGAUUACUUACUAGCCACCCCUGAAGCUGGAAACUGCAGGCAUGUUCCACUCUUAUUUAUUGUGUAACCCUUUCAAAAUAAUAAAGAUGUCAUCUUUGAAGGAACGCAUGCAUACUUUCCAAACUAAGAUGUAUUUCCAGAGUUCUCAACAAAUAUCACUAGAAUUGACAGAAUUAUGUACAGAGUAUGUAUAUUAUAAGAAUAAACCUGUUCAAGUUAACGCAGACCCAUCAUCAGCUCCAUUAUUCUCAUUCACUGUUGGGCAGACUUAACAGCAAGCAUUUACUGUUAAGUGUCAGCAGCUUCCAACUUCCUUGCUAACAUUUGCUCUUCACUUGGCUCUUGGUACAAUCUUUCUCUUCCAAAGCUGAGAUUGUCCCUUGGUAUACCUGUGUAAGUAUACGUAUGCACAAUCACCUAUUUUCAAGCACUUUGCCACUUCAGUCACUUGCUUUCAAUUAAGUAACAUGGGGCGGGGGGGAGGCUGUGCCCUCAUAGUACCAAAUAUAUACACAAAUACAUUCCACUCCAAAUUUGCCACUACUACUCAGAAAUAUUUUCAUAAUGAAGAAAUGCAACUGUGUUGUUUUCCAUAUUCUGCUUUAACAAAACGUAGCAUGCCGCUGAUACUAACUGCAUGUGUAAAUAUAUGUUCCUCACCUGGGCAAUUAUAGAAAUAUAUAUUGAUGUAUUGGUUUGCUAUGUAGUAUAUACAAAUUUGUAAUGGUUGAAGAAAAUACAUGCUAUUUAAUAAUACAAUAAAAUUAUUCUUACCA